GACCACUGUUCUGCUUGAAGAAGAGAAGACCUGCUUAAACCCUAGAGACCUGGAAGGAAGAACCUCCUCCACCUAGGACAGAACAGCUUUCUAUUGAUCCCGACCAAAGCUGCUAAUUCAAUGGAAGUAUAGGGGAAACAGGCUUCGCCAGACGUCGGAGAUGUUCGCCGCCACUGCCCGGAACCUCCAAAGGCGCUCCUUGAAGACCCUCGCCUCCAUUUCCCUCACUAAUCACUCCCAGAAUGCAAUUCUUGUUAAUUGUGAUCCUGCAAAGCUAAUGCCGAGGAGCGGGGUUCAACCGAUAUUAAAUGGCGAAGACCAUCUGCAUUCCUCGAUCAAGGUGCUCAGUCCCUUGUGCGGUUUGUCCCGUUCAAUGUCAACCAAAGGAAGGAGUAUGCGGAGCAAGGUCGAGAGGAGAAUGCGCAAAGAGUCCGGUAAAACCUUAAGGGAGAUUCGAAGGGCUAAAAAAUUGAGAAAGAAGCUGAUGACCGAUGAGGAGAGGCUUAUCUAUAAUCUGAAAAGGGCCAAGAAGAAAGUGGCGCUGCUCCUACUGAAGCUUAAGAAAUAUGAGUUACCUGAGCUGCCACCCCCUCGGCAUGAUCCUGAACUAUUGACCCCUGAGCAGCUUCAGGCAUUUAAAAAGAUUGGCUUCAGAAACAAAAACUAUGUUCCUGUUGGUGUCAGGGGAGUCUUUGGAGGAGUAGUACAAAAUAUGCAUCUGCAUUGGAAGUUUCAUGAGACUGUGCAAGUUUGCUGUGAUAAUUUCCCCAAGGAGAAAAUCAAAGAAAUGGCAACCAUGCUCGCAAGGCUGAGUGGUGGCAUUGUUAUUAACGUACAUAAUGUGAAGACAAUUAUCAUGUUCCGUGGAAGAAACUAUCGCCAGCCAAAAAAUUUGAUUCCCAUCAACACACUCACAAAACGAAAGGCACUGUUCAAGGCACGAUUUGAACAAGCUCUAGAAUCUCAAAAGUUGAACAUAAAGAAGAUCGAACAGCAGCUGCGCCGAAUGGGUGUUAAUCCUGAGGAUCCAGUUGCCAUGGCCAGCAUCCAGAGAGUUGCUUCCACAUUCUUUAAUGCAAUUGACAAAAAAGAAGGAAGCCCAUAUGUUUUUCAAGAUGAUAGACAAUCAGUAGCAGAGUCAAUGCAUGACAUUCAGCUGUCUGCACCUGCUGCUGAUAGUGACCAGGAGGAGUUGGACAGAUUCAUAGCUGAGAUAGAGGAUGCAGCAGACAAGGAAUGGGCUGCAGAAGAAGCUGCAGAAAAAGAAGAGGCAGGAAGAAUUAGGUAUUGGAACAGAGAAGAAUUUGGAGGACGGUUUAAGAGACCGGAAUAUCGCGGAGGCAACGACUCUGAUAGUGAGAUUAAAGGGGCAAGGAAUUGGAAGGAUCGUCAUGGCAAGCAAGCUGUUGAUAGUGAUGAAGGUGAAGAUGAUGAAUGGGAUUCUGAUGAUGCAGAAGAAGUGAGUGAUGUUGAAAACGUUACUGAUGAUUCUGAUGAGGAGCUUGAGAGACCUAGAGUAGAAAGGCAAAAGCAUGAGAGGACAGGGAAGCCUAAGAGUUAUCAAACUCGCCCUGGAAAUGCUAGGCCUAGUGUAAGAAAUAAUAGGGUUGUGAAAGAAUCCGAGUCUGACAGUGUGUUUAGCGAUCUUGAAAAUGUUAUGUGGGACUCAGAUGAAGGGGAUGGUCAGGAUUCAAGACAAUCACAAAUUGGCGCCAGCCGUAAUUACCAGAGCAGCAGUGACGAAGAUGAGAAUCUUCAUCAACCAGUGCAGAGUGACCAAAAUAGAUUCCGCUGUUCGCAUGGUGAAGAUGACAAGUCCAAUGAUGAUCUGGAUGGAUCUGAUACAUUCGAAAUGGCAAAGGGGAAGCAGGGAAAGUACACUAGAACCAGUAUUCAGGAACAUAACCGGAGAAAUGCCAAGUCCAGCAGAGGGACGAUCGAAGAUAAUUCUGCGUGGGAUGAGUCAGUUAAUGAUACAGAAGUCCCAAUGCGGGGAUCAGACAUGGACGAAUACUCAUUGUCAAGGGCAGGGGAUCGCGAGUACAGAGGAGACAACGAAGGGGAGAAUUGUGUCAACACAGACGAGCAAAACGGGAGAGAGGUUAGAAAAGCUAAUACACGGAAGCUGGUGGAUGAGUCCUGGGAUAGUGAUUAGCUCUUCUUCUGGGGCAGUUAUUCUUUUGCAAGUUCCUUUGUAUGUUAAGCUUGCCAACUCGCAAAAUCUAUCUCGUGAAAUCGAUUGGACUUGCAUGUUAAGUUUAAAAUGCAAGGUUGAGUUUUGUUGAACGGUACAAGAACAGUGGCAGUAUUGAUGUUCAGGUAAAGAGAAAAUAUUAGACUCUGCAUUCAUAAACAAA